GCGGUGGCAGCGGCGGGGGAAAGUGCGCGCGUGCGGACCUUGCUUCGGGAGGCGCAGCAGGAGGGCUGCCGGGCGGAGGCGACAAGCAGAGCGGGGGAGCGAGCCUCGGAGCCCGCUGUCUCUGCGCGAGCGUCCCACGGUUCCCGGGCCAGCACCGCGCAGGACUUCCCGCCACACGCGCCGGCGGAGCGCGCCCAUGAAGCCGCCGGCAGCGCAGGGCAGCCCCGCGGCCGCCGCGGCCGCCGCGCCGGCCUUGGACUCCGCGGCGGCCGGGGACCUGACGGACGCGCUGUGCGAGUUCGACGCGGUGCUAGCCGAUUUCGCGUCUCCCUUCCACGAGCGCCACUUCCGCUACGAGGAGCAUCUGGAACGCAUGAAGCGGAGGAGCAGCGCCAGUGUGAGCGACAGCAGCGGCUUCAGCGACUCCGAGAGCGCAGAUUCACUUUAUAGGAACAGCUUCAGUUUCAGUGAUGAAAAACUGAAUUCUCCAACAGACUCCACCCCAGCCCUGCUCUCUGCCACUGUCAGUCCUCGGAAAGCUAAACUGGGAGACACAAAAGAGCUAGAAGACUUUAUUGCUGAUCUUGACAGAACCUUAGCAAGUAUGUGAGAAAGGGAGAAGUUCUGGGUCCUUUCAUCAUAAAGAAGCUUAAGGAAGCUCGGAGGGCCUGGUAAAAUCCGCCUACAGAAUUUGUUGCUAGAGGGAACAGAGAUGAGCACUUACCUACCACCAGGUCAUUCUCAGGCUGGUCCUAAAACUAGCCUUUGGGCUCAUCCCUGGGCAAUUUCAACAGUGAAACUGACUUUGUUUACCUGCUUGCAGCAUAUUAGAACACACCACCCAUGCUAAUAUUGUAUUUUCUCUUAAAACAGCUUUCCUGUAAUUUAAAGUGCUUUUAUGAAAAUAUUUGUAAUUAAUUAUAUAUAGUUGGAAACAGUGAUAUGCUUUUCUCAUUAUAAUAUAUUUUUGUAUGCAAAUAAAAUUUGAACUGGAGUCUGUA